ACUGCACUGACGUCAGUCCGUCAAAAAUCACAUGACAUCCUCCUGUCAUUGUAUCAUAUGACCGAGUAAAUUGAUCAAGUGGUUGAAUUUUCGGGUGUUUAGGCGUUUCCUUCUCAUUUGAAAAGCUACAUUCUGAUUUUUCAACUGCAUUUUCUUUCAUUUGUGAGCAGUUCAUCAAUACACAACCAGCAAAAUGGCUCUCAGCGAUCAGGAUGUCCAAAAACAGAUCAAGCACAUGAUGGCUUUCAUUGAGCAAGAAGCCAAUGAAAAAGCAGAAGAAAUUGAUGCCAAGGCUGAGGAGGAGUUCAACAUCGAAAAGGGGCGCUUGGUUCAACAACAGCGACUCAAGAUCAUGGAAUAUUAUGAGAAGAAGGAGAAACAAGUUGAACUGCAGAAGAAAAUUCAGUCAUCCAACAUGUUGAAUCAGGCAAGAUUGAAGGUGCUGAAAGUUAGGGAGGAUCAUGUUAGACAAGUUUUGGAUGAAGCACGAAAACGUCUGGGAGAUGUCACCAAAAAUCAAGGAAAAUAUGCUCAGAUCCUUGAGGCAUUGAUCCUGCAAGCGCUCUAUCAGCUUUUUGAGAAAGAGAUUACAGUCCGCGUGCGACCUCAAGACAGGGAUUUGGUCAAAUCGAUCAUUCCGAAUGUCGCCGCCAAAUACAAAGAUGUUACUGGUAAGGAGGUGAACCUCAAAAUCGACGACGAAAGUCAUCUAUCCCAGGAAACCACCGGGGGAAUCGAACUGUUGGCUUUGAAGAACAAGGUCAAAAUCAACAACACCCUGGAGGCUCGUUUGGACUUGAUUUCCCAACAGUUGAUCCCUCAGAUCCGUACUGCUCUGUUCGGACGUAACGUCAACAGAAAAUUCACCGACUAAGCUGUUACUGAAUCAGUGCAGGCGUUACUGACGUGUUAGACAAAGUUUUUAGUCAGUUUCUUAUUUUUCAAGUACAGUGUUACAGAAGCAUUGCAGCUAAUUUGUGUUUUAACCUAAAAAGUCAUUCCAAUAGUCUAUGAAAAAAUAAGAUAUCCUGUACUAAAAAAGUUGAUGUUUAACAUGCGCUGAAGUUGAUAUGCGCUGCAUGUGAAUGUUCUAAAUAAAUGUGUAAAUUGUAGAUACAUAUUCCUUAUAAUGUUCUUUGAAUUUACGAGUAUCUUGUUGAAAUUUCUUCUUUGUUGUACUCCUUAUGCUUUUAUGUAUUAAUUUACAUUAUAGUAUUAUAUUCUAUGGUACCUGUCAACUUAUAGUUGAUGGGCUGUUUAUUGUCAUUAAAUGAUGUAAC